UCCUUCCUUCUCCUCUUCCUCUUGCAACAGGCCGAGGUUACGCCUCCGCUUCCUCUUAAUCCCUCUCAUUUAUGGCUACCACUUCCAAUACUAUUCUUGUCGACCGGAUUAAGGGUCCUUGGAGUCCCGACGAGGAUGAGUUGCUCCGCCGCCUCGUCCAUAACUACGGUCCUAGGAAUUGGUCUCUUAUAAGCAAGUCUAUUCCCGGUCGAUCUGGUAAGUCCUGCCGUCUUAGGUGGUGUAAUCAGCUUUCGCCUGAGGUGGAGCACCGUCCCUUUACUUCCGAUGAAGACGACACUAUUAUUCAGGCUCACUCCAGAUUUGGAAACAAGUGGGCUACCAUUGCUCGUCUUCUUAAUGGUCGCACCGACAACGCCAUCAAAAACCACUGGAACUCUACUCUUAAGCGUAAAUGUUCAUCCUCCAUCGCGGAACACGACCACCCUUUGAAGAGAUCCGCCAGUGUUGGUGCUCCUUUGUAUUUCAGUCCCAGUAGCCCAUCUGGCUCUGACUUGAGCGAUUCUAGUCUAUCUGGAAUGUCUUCUUCGCAGCUCUGCAAGGCUUUUCCGUCCGCUUCUCUCAUUUCUCAAUCAGAUCAGCCGCCCAUGGACACAUCCAUCGAUCCUCCCACCUCUCUCACCCUCUCUCUGCCUGGAUCAGACGCCGGUGAGGUACCCAAACUCGUGUCGGAACCCAAGCAGGCAGUAGUGGUUCAGAGUGGGAACAAGAUGGGGAUUGAGAAGCAGUUCUUCAGCGCUGAGUUCUUGGGAGUGAUGCAAGAAAUGAUUAGAAAAGAAGUGCAGAGCUACAUGUCUGGGAUCGAACAAAAUGGUCUGUGUUUGCAGACGGAGGCUAUCACAAACGCAGUCGUAAAACGGAUUGGGAUAAGGAAGCUCGAUUAGAAAUUAGAUGACAAAGAAGUCAUCGUCUUAACGCCGCGCCCAUCACUCAAAAGGAGGAUCUCCUCGUCUGUUUAUUAUUAUUUUUUUUUUCUUUUUCUUUUCUCCUUUUCCCCACCCCAAAAACAAUAGAUGGCAAUAAAUUUUGGUAGUGUACAGAAGGAAGAACAACAAAAUUGGGGGGCUGUGGGUUGAACAACGUAGACAACUUCAAAUAUAUCGUAUAAUUAUAGAACUAGAUCAUCGGGUUCAAGAUGGUGAUCUUUUAGCAAA